AAGAGAUAUAAAAUCUUUCCCCCACAAAUAUGAAGGACCCUCUUAUUUUUCACCCACUUUGUGCUCAAGGCCCAUGUUCCCAGCACAUGACUCUCAUCAUACAAAUCUAAGUUAUUGAGUCCUAAAACACAGAAAAAUAAACCCAUUGAUAUGAACUUUAGAAGUUUUGUACAUGCAUUGUGUAUACGUUUUCUUUGAGCUCUGCACUUUUCUUGUUCAUUGAUGGCAACAAAGAAGAGCUGGUUCAGUGCAUUUAAGAGAUUUUUCAUCUCGGAAACGUAUUCGAGAUUCGGAAAGAAGGAUAAAAGUAAGAGAUGGGCGUUCUUUGUUAAGAGGAAAAAACUAGUUUCAGCUCAAAGGGAAAGUACACCUGAGGAAGCAGAAGAGCAGAGCAUUCAUUAUGAUGUAAACACCAAUGUUGCAGAAACUGAUCAUUCUAUUAGCAUCAUUCAAUCUGCUGAUCAACAGGAGGAUACUGACAAAUCAUCUGAAAUCAACGUUAAUGCGAUCUCUUUUCAAGUUUCUAAUCAGUAUGACAGUAGAGUUCAAGAUCUCGCUGCCACCAAGAUUCAAGCUGUUUUCCGCGGUUACCUGGCAAGGAAAGCACUACGAGCACUUAAAGGAGUAGUCAAACUUCAAGCUCUGAUUCGAGGGUGGGGGGUGCGGCAGCAAGCUAUUAACACCCUCAAGUGUCUGCAGACAAUUGUAAAUAUCCAGUCAGAAGUUUGUGCAAAAAGGUGUGAAAGAGUUAAAGGCACCCAGCAUUUUCAAGAAUAUAAGCCACAAGAUUUGGGAGAAAAGGACAUAAAAAUAGAUUCAAAUAGCCAGAAAAGGUGGGAUGACAGUACAUUAACAAAGGAAGAAGCAAAAGUCCAGAUCUUAAGCAAGAAAGAGGCGGCCAUUAAGAGAGAAAGGAUAAAGGAAUACUACUUGCACCAUCGGAGAUCAGCAGAAUCAGAACGGGACAAGGUAUCUGGAAGACGAAGAUACUGGUUAGAACAAUGGGUAGAUGCCCAACUGGCUAAAAGAGAUGAUCUCGUAAACUUGGACACGACUAAUUCAAGAAACAACAGAGAUGAACUUGGGAACAGACUUCUCAAAUUAAGAAAUAUGCAAAAACAAUAUCAAUCAGAACAUCAGGAUUCUAUGCCAAGAAAGUCAUUUUAUCACAGAAAACAACGAUCAGUUGGGGAAAGCAUUGAGUUUCCAGGUUCUCCUGCCACUCCUACAUACAUGGCAGCCACUGAAUCUGCCAAAGCAAAAGUCAGAUCAAUGAGCUCUCCAAGAUUAAGACCAAUAAAUGUAGAUGUUUGUUCUGAGAUUAAUUCUCCAUAUAAGCACAGGCUCUCUCCCAUAUCAUCGAUCAAUAGUGAGCAGACAAGCAGAAGUUGGAUUCGAAAUGCUGUUGGUUCUUCAGAAAGAUCUCCUCAGUUGAAAGGUGUAGCUGGUCCUGUAAAAUCAAGCAGAUCUAUAAUGGACCUCCACCUGGAUUUUGAAGGAUAGUUAUCAAACUGCGAUAAGCGUUGCACCAAUAGAUAAUGCAGAUUCUUGGGGGCAAUAAAUUGUAAUGACUCAUCUGGUUUUGAGUGUUUAUUUAUCUGAUAUUGUAAAUCAAACUUUAUGAAAUCUAUCAAAUAACAAAACCUUGUGAUCAACAUAUAUAGAAAAGUAAUCCUUUAAAGAC